AUGAGGAGGGGUCGCCAUUUAUUGAAGGAACCAUCAACGCCAUCAGUAUGCGCUUUUUGUUCGCAUCGGCUUGGGGCAAUUCGCCGUCCUUCACAGAUACAGCGUCGAUUUCUGCAAUCCUCUAAUUCGAGAUCAAAACCACCUGCCGAAGGUGCUGCGGAACGGGAGUCUGAAGAAAAUGAAUCAACUCCUCCGCAACCGCAGGCCCCUGCUGCACCAUGGCGUCCAGGACCGGGAAUGGGAAACAGCUUCGCCAAACCAGCCUUUGGAGGUUCUAAGGUUCCAGGAGUAGGAUCUUCUGCCGGCUUCGGUCGUCCAGCAGCAGGAAUUCCCAUGAAGUCAAGAAUACCGGAUCCUCCACAGCCCGAGCAACCAGAGGAGACCGCUGCGGAGGAGCCUUCCCAAAUGAACCAACGAAAGAUAAAAAUACAUUCAGGACCUGGACCAGAGUCGAACAGAGGCAACAGGCCAAUACCGUAUUCACAAGAGUUACAAAUGGAAAUCGCUAGAAGCGCAGCGGCGAAGAAAACGACCAUGGAUAUAAAUGCAAUGAACAAGCAGCGCACUCAACCCGAUGCGCCUUUACGCUUUUUCGAGAAGGACGGCUCACGUAUCCGUAGUCAUACUUCUAGUCAAAUAAUAAAUGACUCUACGGAAACGACUACUCCACCCGAAAUCACUGGCAAAGCUUCCGAAGAUGAAUCGCAAUGGGCAAAAUUGAGAAAGAAGGUUGAAGAACAGCGGCCGCCACCAUCACCACCACAAGAUCCUAUUGCUGAAGCUCAAGCCAGAAGGGAACAAGAAGCAAGUUCGGGUGCUUACAAGCCACUGAGAAACAUUGUUCCAUCGGAAAGAGGCAGAUUUGGAGAGGUUCCACGGGCAGAUAUGUGGAGCAGGCCUAAUAAUUAUGGUAAAGAAAAUGAUACGGCCUCAAAUUCGCAAACGACUCCCCCGAACAAUUACCAGCCCUCACCAGUUAGUGCGGGCAGCAAUGAUGCGGCCUCAAAAUCACAAACGACUCCCCCGGACAAGUACCAGCCCUCACAAGUUCGUGCGGGCAGCAGGUCUUCAUUCAAUUCAGUCUCUAGAUCAAAUUCGGAACCGGUCCGUCCCGCACAAUCGGUCCGCCCCGCAGAAUCGGUCCGUCCCGCAGAAUCAGCACCAUCUGCUCGUAGUAUGUUGAAACCUCUUGGGUCUUUUGGAUCCUUUGGAUCUUCUGCAUUUGGUCCAGGCUUCGGUAAGGCUGGUGGAAGUGGAUUCAAGAUCCCCGGUCUGACAACUCCAAGCCCAUUGGUCGAGCCAGUACGAAUCAAGGUAGCUGAAAAUCCCGUUGAAGAACCUGUUGAAGAACCUGUUGAAGGGCAGACAAAUGUUCCGAGUUCCAGAGAUCAAACAUUGCCCACCAAGGCACAUGGGAAAGCGUCCAAGAAAAAAGGGAACAGGCGUAGAGAGAUGGACCGGGACGAUGAUGAAGAGAGAGGUGGGGCAGAUGAGCGAGCAGAGCUCAAGAAACAACGAAAACGUGAUAAGGCAGCAAAAAAGGCAGCUGCGCCAACGUUGAUGAUUCUACCUGAAUUCAUUAGCGUCUCAAACUUAGCUGUCGCUCUCAAGGUCAAGCUUGAAGAUUUUCUCGAAAAGCUGGAAGAACUAGGAUUCGAAGGUGUAAACCAUAGUCACAUUUUGAAUGCUGAAGAUGCUGGACUUAUUGCUAUGGAAUAUAAUUAUGAGGCCAUUAUAGAACGAGGCGAAUCUGAAGACUUGAGGGCUAGACCUGCUGCGGAAGACCCAUCAAUACUUCCGCAAAGAGCUCCGGUCGUCACUAUCAUGGGUCACGUUGACCAUGGAAAAACUACAAUUCUUGAUUAUCUUCGAAAUUCUUCUGUUGCGGCAUCAGAACAUGGUGGCAUCACUCAGCACAUCGGAGCAUUUUCUGUGCCUAUGCCUUCGGGAAAGACCAUUACCUUCCUUGACACUCCUGGUCAUGAAGCCUUCCUGAGCAUGCGUCAAAGAGGUGCUAAUAUUACUGAUAUUGUCAUCUUGGUUGUUGCUGCAGAUGACAGUGUUAAACCACAAACGAUCGAAGCCAUCGGUCAUGCAAAAGCAGCAAAGGUACCAAUGAUUGUUGCCAUCAGUAAAAUCGAUAGGCCUGAGAUCGACAUUGAACGCGUCAAACAAGAUCUUGCUCGUCAUGGUGUUGAUAUCGAGGAUUUUGGUGGUGACACUCAAGUUGUAUGUGUCAGUGGUAAGACUGGGAAGGGAAUGGAAGACUUGGAAGAAGCCGCCAAUACAUUAUCCGAGAUCCUUGAUAUGCGUGCCGAAACAGAUGGUCAAGCAGAGGGUUAUGUCAUUGAAGCAAGUAUAAAAUCUAUGGGUAAGGUUGCUACAAUCUUGGUUAGACGAGGUACCAUGAGAUCGGGAGAUUUCAUCGUCGCUGGUAAAACAUGGGCAAGAAUUAGAUGUCUACGCAAUGAAGCAGGCGUUGAAAUCGAAGAAGCUGGCCCAGGUACUCCAGUAGAAAUUGAUGGAUGGAGAGAGCAGCCAUCUGCCGGAGAUGAAGUUCUUCAAGCUGUCGAUGAAGCAAAAGCCAAAAGUGUUAUUGAAUUCCGGCUCGAGAGAGAGGAACGAGACAAGAUGGCCGAGGAUAUGGAAGCCAUCAAUGAGAACCGCAAAGUCGAACACGAUAAACGUGAGCGUGAAAAGGCAGAGAAAGAAGCUGCUGAUCUUGCUGGUGAAGAAGGAGAAAAGUCCGUUCCUGCUCCCAUCAAAGAACCCACUGGCCCUAAACCUGUUUACUUCGUUAUCAAGGGUGAUGUAAGCGGAUCUGUCGAGGCAGUAACCGAUCAAUUGAACGCUAUUGGUACCAAAGAAGUGGAACCCAUCAUCCUUCGAUCCGGAGUCGGUAAACUCAACGAAUCUGAUAUUGAGCAUGCUGCCACCGCAAAGGGAUACGUUCUCAACUUCAAUACUGAGAUUGACGCUAACAUGUCUUCAUUUGCUGCGCAGAACAAGGUCAAAAUCUUGGAUGGUAAUGUCAUCUAUAAGUUAAUGGAUGAUGUAAGAGCCGAAAUGUCGACAUUCUUACCACCAAUAACUACACAAAGGGUAUUGGGUGAAGCGAUGGUGGCGCAGGUUUUCGAUAUUAAUAUCAAGGGAAGAAAGUACAGGAGUGUCGCAGGUUGUAAAGUUCGCAAUGGUACCGUCUCCAAGGAUGCCAAGUAUAGGGUAUUGAGAGAUGGGGAGAAGGUCUUUGAUGGUAAACUUGAAUCUCUCAAGAACGUCAAGAAAAACGUUCAGGAAAUGAAAAAGGGUGGUGAAUGUGGUAUGUCAUUUGUAGGCUGGACGGAUUUCCAAGUAGGUGAUCAAGUCCAGGCGUAUGAUGAAAAGCAGGAGAAGAGAUAUUUGUGA